UGCAAGACAGUCGAUAUGGCCUCUUCCUUCGGAAAGGCUCUUCUGGAGUUCGUCUUCAUCGUCUUUGCUUGCAUCACGUUGCUGAUGGGUAUCAAUGCUGCUAAGAGCAAGGCUUCUGGAAGAGUUUUGUUCCCCGCCACAUUCGUUACCGGAAUUGCUUCCAUCGCAUACUUCUCCAUGGCUUCCGGAGGUGGCUGGGUCAUUGCCCCUGAUUGCAGACAGCUUUUCGUUGCAAGGUAUUUGGAUUGGUUGAUCACCACCCCUCUCCUCCUCCUUGAUCUUGGUCUUGUUGCUGGAGUGAGCCGCUGGGAUAUCAUGGCCUUGUGCUUGUCUGACGUCCUCAUGAUCGCCACUGGCGCCUUUGGCUCCCUGACUGUUGGCAACGUGAAGUGGGUUUGGUGGUUCUUUGGAAUGUGCUGGUUCCUCCACAUCAUUUUUGCCCUCGGAAAGUCCUGGGCUGAGGCUGCCAAGGCCAAGGGAGGAGACUCUGCGUCAGUGUACAGCAAGAUCGCGGGCAUUACUGUCAUCACAUGGUUCUGCUACCCUGUUGUGUGGGUCUUCGCUGAAGGCUUCGGAAACUUCUCUGUCACCUUUGAGGUGCUCAUCUACGGUGUGCUCGACGUCAUCUCCAAGGCUGUCUUUGGCCUUAUCCUCAUGUCUGGUGCAAGCACAGGAUAUGAAUCCAUUUAAGUACAGUAGGAGUUAACACGCUCAAUUCCAUAUCUGGGUUUUCCCACGCGAAUUUGUGCAAUAAAAUUGCAGACUAG